AUGGUUACCAACAUGCCUCCCACUGAGAAGGACAAGGAACGUAUUCCAAUCACAGGGCCAACACUUGUCCGAAUACCUGCCCAAAAAGACUUGUCCAACCAUGGAGAUCGCCACCGUGCUCGACGCAAGACCCCCAGCUUGACAGCCCUCGUCAUCAUAGCCAUCGCAUUAGCUCUUUUACUUGUCUCGGUAAUAAUCAUUGGCACGACGCGCCUACAGACUUCGUCCCAGGAUGCUCCAACUGAUAACACGACAGUUUCGACUCAACCCGGUCCGCCGCCGCCUACUGUCACGACUGAGCCACCUGGUGGUGACCAAGGCUUGUCAUGGUGCCAGGCCCAGGGCGAGGGAAAUUCACUCAAUUCUUCUUUGCCCGAGACGGUAGUCAUCCUCAUCCACGGUAUUACGGGACCGACAGACGAGUUCUGGUAUAAUGGCACACACUAUUCAGAUGGCUGGUUUUGGCAGAACCCAGCCCCGGUCUGGUACGAGACUGAGGAGUUCCGAUGUUUGUGA